GAGUCCACCAGCUUGCCUCACUCUGAACUAUUCAGACCUUACUGGAAGCACCCUGUUCAUUACGGAAAGACUUUGGGGGAGCAAAAAAGGGCAGAUCACAGAGACACAGUAGUAGAAAAAGGAGCAGAAACUCUGAAGAAACAUACAUGUGAAGGGACGUGCACAGAUUCCUCCCGCACUCUUUGUGAAGAGAUUUGACUGAGUGAUAUCUGUGUCACUUAGUCUACACAUCUGCUUCUACAUUCAUCUUUGCACAAGUGUGUGUAAAUAUGAAGGGUGUGCUGCUGUGUGUCCCUCUGGUCUUUCUGUCUGUGACGAACUGUCAGUCACCUGUGGAGACUGACACUUACACCGAGUGCACAGAUGGCUAUGAGUGGGAUGCGCAGAACCAGCACUGUAAAGAUAUAAACGAGUGUGAGACAAUUGCCGAGCCAUGUCAGGGGGAGAUGAAAUGCUUUAACCACUACGGUGGUUACCUGUGUCUACCUCGCUCUGCCUCUGUCAUCACUGCACCCGAGCCCUCUGGCCAGUCAGAGUCGAGUCUUUCUGGGCUGUCCACUGGGGCUUUCAAUCCCUGUCCUGUGGGUUAUGUGGCCCAGGGAGAGAGCUGUAUAGAUGUAGAUGAGUGUGAACUGGAUCUGCAUAACUGCCAGCCGAGUCAGCACUGCAUUAAUACGCUCGGAACAUACACCUGCCAGUGUUCCGAAGGCUACAGAAAGAUAGGCCAAGAGUGUGUCGAUAUUGAUGAGUGCAUGUACCGCUACUGCCAGCAUCGAUGUAUCAACUAUCCUGGAUCUUUCUCCUGCCAGUGUGAGCCAGGCUUCCAGCUGGCAGGGAACAACCGCUCCUGUGUGGAUAUCAAUGAAUGUGAAAUGGGAGCACCAUGUCAGCAGAGGUGCUACAACACACAUGGGACAUUUCUGUGUCGCUGUGAACAGGGCUACGACCUCGACCCUGAUGGCUUCAUAUGCAAUGACAUCGAUGAGUGCAGCUACUCCAGUUACAUGUGUCAGUUCCAGUGUGUGAACGAACCAGGCCAAUUCUCCUGCGUGUGUCCUCAAGGAUAUCAGCUCCUCGGCUCACGCCUCUGCCAAGAUGUAAAUGAGUGUGAGUCAGGCACCCAUCAGUGUGCAGAGGGACAGAGCUGUGUAAAUAUCCAUGGCGGAUACCAUUGUGUGGACUCCAAUCGCUGUCAGGAUCCCUACAUCCAUGUUUCAGAGAAUCGAUGUGUGUGUCCGACUGUGAAACCAGAAUGCCGUGACCUGCCUUUCUCCAUCGUACAUCGCUACAUGAGCAUCACCUCUGAACGCUCUGUACCCUCCGAUAUUUUCCAAAUCCAGGCCACCAGUAUCUUCCCUGGAGCCUACAACACCUUCCACAUCCGGUCUGGGGAUGAUGGCGGAGACUUUUACAUCCGUCAAAUCAAUAACAUCAGUGCCAUGUUGGUUCUGGCUCAGAAAGUCAGUGGACCCAAAGAGUAUAUUCUGGAUCUGGAGAUGAUGUCUGUCAACUCCCUGAUGAGCUACCAGAGUAGCUCAACCCUCCGCCUCUCCAUCUAUGUAGGACCUUAUGCAUUCUAGAAAAGAAAAGAAACCAAGUGUAAGAGGGGCAUUAUAGGGUGGUGGGAUAAAUAGAACAACAUUGACGAUUGUCUACAUAACACUUUCCUAACAUCUUACUUAAACUUAAUUUUGCUUUCAGGAUUGUUACAGGGUCAUAAUACUUAUCCAUUCAUUGUAGAUACUGAAAUAUCACAUGAAUGGCAUGAAUGGAUAUUGACUACUUUACAUUUCUUUUUUAAGAGAUGCCAUGCAUGUAAAUAAGAUAAUUGAGGAAAAUGAAUGUCCUUUUUGGUUGUUCAAAUAUGGGGAGUUUAAUUGAAAAUAAUUCAAUAUACAGUAUUUAGACUUUCAUUUUUUAAAAAUCUCUUUGAGGAAACAGGUCAAACAGCAUUUAUGUAAGAUGCAGUGAAUUUGCAACAAUCUUCAUAUAAACUGUUACCAGAUGGAAAAUGGACAAGCUGCAUAAUGGCAAAGAACUAAAUUCAGCACGGAGACGUUUUGUGAAAAUUGGCACAGCUGUCUGUGAAAUGAUUUCCCCACUUAGUGUGACUUAGUUUAGCCUGAUUAUUCUGGAAUGUGUGAAAUCAUAGGUACGUUCAUUUCUCUCACUUUCUCACCAUAGAUUCACACACACACACACGUGCACACACACACACACACACGCACGCACACAUGCACACACACACAUACAUACACACAGACACAGUUUGUCUUACUAUUCUUUCCUAAAUCAUAACCUUAACAUCAGUAGCCAAAAGGAAAUAUUUAGGGUCUUUUAGUUGGUUUUUUGUUUAAACAAAAUCUGUAGUUUUUGUUUAAAAAAAAACAAACAAACCUGUUUACCUUUUGGGGACCAGCCAAAUGUCCCCUCAAUAUAAAAACUGUCAGAUAUUCCUAGGCUUGUCAGGACAUUUGGUCCAAACCAAGAUAUAAAAACAUGGCUCUAAAUUUAUACAGUUCCCUGCAUCUAUUCCUUUAUUACGAGAUCCAGAUUAAAUAAAUAUGCUUUUAUUUUACAA